AUUAAGCUCUCGUUAUAGUCGACACGAUACAGUAAUGUGGGCGUACUCGUUCUCGGGCCGGCGGAGCUUGUUCCGCGAUCGGCACCGCGUGCUCUUUUCACUUUCCAGCAACGACGACGAUCGUCGCAACUUGACGACAGCAUUGGGACUCGGAGCGUACGGUGUCUUCAUCACUGCCCCGGACGACGCGUCCCAGCUAGCGGCGGCCAAAACAGCGCUGCGAGAUCUCAUGUCCAAGGACUCGCAUAUAACUAGAGACGACAUUUGCAUCGUUUGCGAAUGCAGCUCGACGUGGUCGUUGGCGACGUUAGGCGGCAAAUGCAAAGACGUCGCGGCGAAACUCGACGUUGGCCGCAUCGACGUGGUGCUGUACCCGAACGCCCUCUUGUCCCCCGCAGUCCACGGACAGGUUCGAACUGUUGCGCUCGUGGAGGCGUGGACCGCCAUGACCACGCUGCGCUCGGCUGGCCUUGUGGAUCACAUUGGCGUGAGUGACUUUGCCGUCCACGAGCUAGAAAUCCUCUUGCGAAGGUUUCCAGAACACCCUGUGGAAGUCCAAUGCAUUCGCGACGUUUCGCCGUUCAGCCCAUACGACCACAUGGUGCGGUUCUGCCAGGGCAAACAAAUCGACGUUGUGGCCUGCUUUUCCGUCCAACUUGAUUCGCUAACCCACAUCCAAAAAGCCACGUGGUCGAAGAUUGCAUCCGACAUCGCGACGGCCCACCAACGCAUGCAUUUUCAGCAUAACUUGCCUUCCGAAACGAUACGUGUGGACAACUCGAAUGCUUCGAUCAACCAGGCCACGGAGACGUGCGACGUCCAACUUGAUGCACGGCGGACCGCGAGCGAAGUGCUAGCGACGUGGCUCAACCAGCGAGGUAUGAUUGCCGUCCCGAUGGUCGAAGGCGACGAACCCUACGACGAAGGUGCGUGCCGAGCGCUCUUCUCCCUUAGCCAUCCGUUCGUCAAGGAGCCAGCAGCGGCAGCCCCCUCUAAGCCGUACCAUUUCGUCUUGUGCAAGGACGACAUGACAUUACUGGGUCGCUUGGCAACCUCAAUCAUCCAAUAAAGUACGAUGGUUUUGUCCAAUUAAAACCGCUUAUUUAGGAUAGCUGAAAUGGAUUGGCUCUUUUAGAAACA